GGAAAAGAAGGGAAGGGGAGGGGGGAGGAGGGGGAGAGAGAGAAACGAGAGAGAGAGAGAGAGGGAGAGAGAGGGGGCUAGUGGAUGUAGCUCUAGCAGUGGGCCGGGGGGUGAGCUACCUAGCCCGGGCUGCUCUGCCGAAACAUCCAUGGGUGGCUGUGUCGGGAGCCACCACGACUCUUCGGGCAGCCUAAACGAGAACUCGGACGGCACUGGAGUGGCUCUAGGGCGUAACCAGCCCCUGAAGAGAGAGCGGCCUAAAUGGAAAAGUGACUACCCGAUGACUGAAGGCCAGCUGCGCAGCAAGAGAGAUGAGUUCUGGGACACGGCGCCAGCGUUCGAGGGCCGGAAGGAGAUCUGGGAUGCGCUGCGGGCUGCGGCCAGCGCCUUUGAGAGCAAUGACCACCUGCUGGCUCAGGCCAUCCUUGACGGGGCCAGCAUCACACUGCCACAUGGAGCUCUGACCGAAUGUUACGAUGAACUGGGGAAUCGAUACCAGCUGCCAGUCUACUGCCUCUCUCCUCCUGUCAACAUGAUCGAAGAGCGCUCCGACGAGCCUGACGGUUCGGAUCCGGACUCCGGGGCUGCGGACCCAUCCACGGGCAGCGCCAGUGACCCUGGCUCAGGAGGGGAGUGCCAGCUCCGGCUGCGACUCUCCACGGGUCGCGAUCUCCGGCUGGCAGUCCGUUCCACGGACACAGUGGGCAUGAUGAAGCGUCGCCUGCAGAGUCAGGAGGGCGUGCCAGCCACGACCCAACGUUGGUUUUUCUCAGGUCGGCCGCUGACAGACAGGCUGCGCUUGGACCAACUCAACAUCUCCAGGGACUACGUAGUGCAGGUCAUCCUCAGCCAACCACCACCACCAGAGCCAGUAACUACAGCGGGACACAUACCAGAGGCUUCCGGGCCAGUGGCAGUGGAGGGAGUGGCUGCACUGCCCCAAGAGCCCACGCCAGUGGAGAAUUAACUCCCCCCAGCCUGGAGGUGGGCAUACCAGGGGGCUGGCAGUGUUAAAGGAGGAGGAUAACAAGGGAGAAAAAAAGAAAGUUGGCGUUUCUCUUUUGGUUUGCACUCUUCUUCUCUUCUUUUCUGUUCUCUUCUCUUCUCUUUUCUUCUUCUUCUUCUUCUUCUCUUCUCUUCUCUUCUCUUCUCUUCUCAGCCAGUCGCUUUUUGCUGAGGAGGGCUUUGUCUGGGCAGAGGUCGGCCAUCUGUUGGAGCAAAAGGACUCUUGAAUCGAGAAAAGACUCUUCCUUUUGGUUUUACACAUUGAAAUUUUGACCUUUUUGAAGUCUUUUUAACUGUUCCUAUGGAAACCAAACAAAAAAAAAAAGAGAACUUUGUCAGAUGGCUUAAAAGGUUUUCUUAGCAACACUGAUGUCCGAAUGUUUCUGUGUUUCAGUUUCCAUUCAAGGUCUGCUCUCCGGCAAAGCUGAGUCAGCAGAAUUCUGUUUAUGAGGCUACAGGGUUAUACAUACAUUUUCAUGACCGACAUUUAAUUCAGACCGUUGAGAAAGAGACAAAUAAAGAUAGUUAAACAAUCCUGAUGACUAUUCAGGCAGUUACUCUUAAUGAUAUGGGAAUCAAAUCGGGAGUAUUUCAUCACCUGCGGAUAAAGUCAGUAUGCUAACAGCUGUAAAGAAAGGUAUUCUGUUGGUAUUUCUAGUUAGCAAACAGAUGUGUCCAGGUUGUGGUCGGAUGCAGUGACUGGAUGUUCUACCGAGCUGCCGCUGGAUUAGAUUCUUUAUCUCACUCUGCUUCACUGAACAAUCAGAGUAAUCAUGUAAUAAAUAUUAAGUAGUCAGCCUGUGUGUGUGUGAGCAGGUGUGAAUAUGUAUGGGUGUGUGCGUGUGUGGAUGUUCUUAUAUGAUCAAGACACAACCACACUUAUUCAUGUGGCAAAAAGGAUGGAUAUCAGAAACACAGUUACGUAUUUUGAUUAAAAAUAGAAUGUUUUUAAUUAAAAUUAAUCAUUGUUUCUAA